AUGGAUAACAUUACGUCGAUCACCAAAUCGAACUUCAAUAAAAAUGUGCCCACGCGCUUCAUAAGCCACGGAUUUCUCGAAUAUAACGGUGGCACGAGACGAGUCAUCAAUGACGCUUACCUAUCGAAAGCUAAAAUCGACGCGAAUAUGAUUGCCGUAAACUGGGAAAAGUUGUCACAAACAUUUAAUUACAUUGCUGUUCGUAACCGGGUAAAACCGGUUGGUAUACAAAUUGCUGCUAUGAUUGAUUUCAUGGUGAAAAAUCAUCUCGUAUCUAUCGAUGACAUCACCUUGAUUGGCUACUCAUUAGGUGCUCAUGUUGUGGGAAUGGCUGGAAAGCAUGUGAAAACCGGAAAAUUACCAAAAAUAGUUGGUUUAGAUCCAGCCGGUCCACUUUUCGCCUUGGAAAACCCUAAUGAACGAUUGGAUCGUGAGGAUGCAAAAUAUGUCGAAGUUAUUCACACCAAUGGCAAUUUAUUUGGAAUGGACUAUCCAAUCGGAACGGCUAAUUUUUAUCCAAAUUACGGAUUGACACAACCCGGUUGCCCGGUUGGUUCAACUGACAAAUGCUCACACACGCGUUCAGUCCAAUAUUUUGCUGAAAGUAUUUACUCAUCUGUUCCAUUUUACGGAUUUCCGUGCGCCUCUUUAGAGGAUUUGGAUAAAGGUAAAUGCGAAGGCGCUGUAUUAGCAAUGGGUGGAGAGCCGGGCAAUUACAAGGC